UAGCGCAGGAGGCAAGAGCCCAGGAGGCAGGAGCCCAGGACUAGGACCAAGGCGCCAAGCGCCCAAGCCAUAGGUCCAGGACUCCAGGUUGUAAAGCAGGUUGCCGAAGGUUGCACAUCACCCAACUAAGAGCAACAAAAAAUGGCAACUCCAGCUACCUCUAUCAACCCUGCAUAUGAUCCCAAGACUGAUCCAGGCAGGAAGCCCAAAAAGUCUAAGGACCCAGGCUGGAAGUAUGGAUAUUGGGCAGAGCUUGGUAACCGAGAUGAGGUGACAUGUACCCUAUGUGGCACAAUGGUUCAUGGGGGCAUAAAAAGGCUGAAGCAAUAUCUAGCAGGUGGCUUUGGAGAUUCAAAAAUAUGCAGCGAAACUACUACAAAGAUUAGGGUGGAGAUGACAAAUUACUUGGAAAAACACAAGAGGCAAAGGCCAAUGUACCUAGAUGAUGAGGAAGAGCAGGUAGAGGAGAAUGGAGAAGCAGAUGUGGUCGUGGUAGAGGCAAGUGCACCUGUGAAUGAAGUUGAAUCCCAGGCCUCUAAGGUGAUGCCAAGUUCAGGGACAGCAGCAAAGAAAAGGCGUGCAACCUAUUCAUUCAAGGCUGUAGCAGUGAGCAAAGGCAAGGAAAAGCCAAAGGGAAACAAGACAAUUCUUGAGAUGUUAAGAAAAACACCUGAAGAAAUAGUCGAUGAAAGGCGUAAAGGGUCUUACCAGCCCCCAAUUCAGUCCAGCACUAAGACCAAGGAGCAACAUCAUUAUGUGGAUAUGCAAUGGGCCCUGUGGUUCUAUGAGUGUGGCAUACCAUUCAAUGCAGCAGCAUCAAGACAAUUUCAGGUGGCAGUUGAGGCAACAGCACAGUUUGGUUCAGGGUACAAGCCUCCUUCUCCAUAUCAGUUUGGGGAACCGUUGCUUAAAGAUGCAGUGAAGUUGACAAGUACCAUGAGGGAGGACCAUGAGAGAGCAUGGAAGCAUUUUGGUUGCACUCUCAUGUCAGAUGGAUGGACUGAUAAGAGGGGACGACAUUUGAUUAACUUCCUUGUCAAUAGCCCAGAGGGGACUUUCUUCUUAGAGUCUGUCGAUGCAUCAAGUGAGGUCCACGAUGCAUAUAUGCUUGCUGAUUUGUUGGAGAAAAGAAUUGAGGAGAUUGGAAAGGAAAAGGUCGUUCAAGUUAUCACUGAUAAUGGAGCUAACUACAAGGCAGCGGGUAAGCAUCUAAUGGAGAGAAUUCCUUCACUGUUUUGGAGCCCAUGUGCUGCACAUUGUCUGGAUCUUAUGCUAGAAGAUAUAGGAGGGUUGAAGGAAUUUAAGAAGCCCAUAGCACGUGCAAGGCGUGUAACAACUUUCAUCUAUAGACAUGGGAGAAUCCUUAGUGCAAUGAGAGAAAAGACAGGUGGGUCUGAUCUUGUGAGACCUGCAGCCACAAGGUUUGCCACAGCUUUCCUCACUUUGAAAAGUUUGCACAAGCAUAGAGAUUCUUUGAAAUCUCUUUUUGUCAGUGAAGCAUGGACUGGGAAUAAAUUGGCAAAAACUAAAGCUGGUGAGGAUGCGCAUGACAUUGUGCUCUCUACUGAGUUUUGGAACAAGGUUGAGGACUGCCUUAGAGCUUCAGCCCCUCUUCUCAUUGUUCUUAGGGUGGUUGAUGGUGAUGAGAAGCCUGCCAUGCCAGAGGUUGCAGCAUUAAUGAAUCAAGCAAAAGAGAGGAUCAAGCAAAGCUUUGCUAUCCCAACUAAGAAAACAUUGCUCAAGAAAAUCAUAGAUAUUAUUGAGAAGCGUUGGGUGAAGCAAAUGGACCAUCCUUUGUAUGGGGCUGCAUUGUAUUUGAACCCAAGAAAAUUACAUCCCCUCAUAAGAGAUGAUGAUGAUGCCACUGUUGGGCAGCUAAGAGGUUGCUUCCUUGAAGUUCUUGGAAGAAUGGUGGAAGAUAGAGAUACCCAAGACAAGAUUGAUGCUCAGUCUUUGGACUAUGAAGCCCUUAGAGGAGAAUCAUUCUCAAAUAUAAGAGCUAAGCAAAACCUUGAGAAAAUGAGUCCUCUUGAUUGGUGGGCCUCAUAUGGUGGCCGUGCUAUUGAGCUUCAAAGGUUUGCUAGGCGCAUUGUUAGCCUAUGUGCUUCAUCAUACGGCUGUGAGAGAAACUGGAGCACGUUCGAGUUUAUCCACACCAAAAAAAGAAAUAGGUUACUGCAUAAGAGGUUGAAUGAUAUUGUCUACAUUUCCUACAUUCGAAAGAUGAAGACUAGGUUUCAAAUAAGGCGGGAGAAGAAAGGGAAAAGCUUUGACCCUUUAGUCAUUGAAGAGUUCGAUUGGGAUAAUGAGUGGGCUGACUCGUCGCAUGUACACCCUCAAGGUGCACGUGGGUGUGAUGAAAAUGACCUCACAUGGGCUGCUGUUGAUGAAGCUCUUGAUGCAUCAAACUCGCUUCGAGGACACAAUCUCCCAAGGAAUGCAAGCAGUAGGUGUGCAACAAAUUCAAACCCAAGGUUGGAUGAAGAUGAAUCAAGUUUAGGCAAUGAAGAGGAAGAAGAUGAAGACCCACAUGAUGAUGCUUAUGUGACAGAUUCUGAGGAUGCUCCUCCCGAUGGUGGAGAAAGCAUGGAAGGAUUGCAAGCUGCAAAUAACCAUGAUGAGUUUGAUGAUGGAUAUUGAGUUGGGGUUGUCUUUUGAGCUGGGGUUGGCUUUUGAGAGAUGUUACUUAUGCUGUAUUUUUAUGGACUGAUGUAUCUAAGUUAUGCUACUUAUGCUACAAAUUAUCCCACUAGUAUCUAAGUUUAUGGACUGA